UCCGUUCCCUUCCAAAAUUCUACGGCGCCCGUAUAUAUUCCGUCGCUGCAGUUCCUUCCAAAUUGUAGUCUUUUUCCAACUUUCUUUAAACUCCAAAGAUGAGCCAUGAGGAACAGCAAGGGAGGCCUCGCGAUGAGAGAGAACAACCCAUCAGAUACGGUGACGUAUUUCACGUCUCCGGUGACCUCUCGUCGAAUCCCGUCGGGCCUCAAGACGCAGCCAUGAUGCAGUCGGCUGAGCAAACGGUGUUGGGACAGACUCAGAAGGGCGGACCAGCUGCUGCCAUGCAAUCCGCUGCAAGUCGCAACGAGAGAGCCGGUCUUUUCGGUCACUGCGGUCUUAGCGACGUUGCUGGCCAGCAAGGCGUCACCGUUACGGAGACCGAUGUCCCUGGAAGUCGCAUAAUAACCGAAUCAGUUGCUGGACAAGUUGUUUGUCAGUACGUGGAGUCAACAGCAGUGCAACAAGCAGCAGUUGAGGUUAUCGAACAGAGUGCAAUUACUAUAGGGGAGGCACUAGAAGCUGCUGCACAAUCAGCAAGAAACAAGCCAGUGGAUCAGAGUGACGCGGCGGCAAUUAAAGCGGCCGAGGUGAGAGCGACCGGCAGUAAUGUUAUAACCCCAGGAGGGCUCGCGGCCACUGCUCAGUCUGCCGCAAAUCACAAUGCGCUAGUCGAUAGGGAGGGCGAUAAGAUUAAGCUACGCGAUGUUUUGACAGGUGCGACCUCGAAGUUGGCAGGGGACAAGGCAGCAACUCAGGAGGAUGCUGAAGGAGUGGUGAGUGCGGAGCUAAGGAACAAUCCAAUUAUGGCAACUCAGCCAGGAGGAGUGGCAGCGUCAGUGGCUGCAGCUGCUAGGCUCAACGAGAGCAUUUAAAAUGCAUGAAACUCCAAAGUUAAGGCUGAUAUAUGCAGUCAAAUAGUAUGUUUGUGUUGUGC